CUUACUUCAGUUGAAGGUUUUUUCUUUCGCGGAGUGAUCAAUCAAUCGGAAUGAGUUCUAAAAAAUCGAAGUGUUUGCAAUUAAAAGAAAAAGCAGACAUUUUAGACAGUCUGAAAAAAGGAACAAGUGUGACUAACUUAGCAAAAAAAUAUAAUGUCGCUAAGUCAACAAUAUGCAGUAUUAAAAAGAAAAAAGAAGUCAUUUUAAAAUGCGUGAAUAAUACAUACCAAGGACCGGGAAAAAGAAAAACUUUAAAAUCGUCAGAGCUUCCAGCUAUGGAAAAAAGUCAAUACCUUUGGUUCAUCCGGGUGCGCGAAAGGAAUUGUCCUGUUGAGUUUACAUUGCCAAUGGUUCGAGAGUGGAACGAUGACCCUUGUGUUGAUGAUACCACCGAAAUCCAUGAAAUCACCGAAAUCCACGAAAUUGAAGAAAGUGACGAUGAUGAUGGUAUUGCCGAAGACCCCAUAAAGAAAAUUGCCGCAAGUGAGGCAGUUGAAAUCUUUAACAAGGCAUUGCAAUGCGCUGGAGAUGCAAUGGUUGAUCAGAGCGACAUGAGUGUACUUAGACGCUUAAGGGAGAAAGCAGUAUUUCAGCUAUUAGAAAGGAAAAAGCAGCAGAAAAAGAUAACGGAUUUUUUUAAUGAAUAAAUCUUAUGUGAAAUUUUAUUCGCAAUUUAAUAUAUAUGUUCAUUCCCAUGAACAUACUAAUGGCAAUAAUAAAAUACUUUUACAUUUAACCUUCAAACGACAACAGGGGUGACGGGUCACCCCACGGUUGUAGAUAACUGUAAA